AUGCCACCACCAACUCUGAAACCGGUGCCAAUAAUCGAGAACGCCCGUUUGCCCGGAUCAGACUCAACCUGGGACAUCUCCAUUGACAACGACCAAGGCAUUAUCAAAACGAUCACUCCGCACAAAGGCGAGUCCUAUACCGCAGCUUCCCGCGCACCUCUCGCCCUCCCCGCAUUGACGCACCCGCACAUCCACCUCGACAAGGCCUACAUCCACAACGCGCCCGAUUAUGCGCAUCUCCUCCCCUCCAGUGGCUCGUUUGCCGAAGCGCUAUCCUUCACCACCCAAGCCAAGCGACAGUUCACCCAAACCGAUCUGCUGAAGCGUGGAGAAUGGCUCCUGGCGGGGGCUGUCACCGCGGGGGUCACGGCGAUGCGCGCGUUCGUGGAGGUGGACCAGACGGUCGGGUUCACUUGUCUGGACGCCGGCGCCAUUCUCAAGGAGAUAUGGAAGAAGGCUUGCACGGUCCAGCUAGUGAGCUUCGCACAAGAUCCCAUAUUCUCGGGCGAGCAUGGCGAGGAGAACCGACGGCUGAUGGAAGAGGCAAUCCGACGGCCGCAGGUGGAUGUGAUUGGUACAACACCGUAUGUGGAAUCGACUGUUGAAGCUGCGAAGCGGAACAUCGAAUGGGCCGUUGAACGCGGUCUGAAAUACGGCAAACACGUGGACUUUCAUCUGGAUUACAACCUCGACCCGGCAACAGAGGCCCUAGUCUGGUUUGUCCUGCGGACACUCAGAGAAAAGGGCUGGUCAGCCCAGUCGACGCCCAAGCGGGUUAUGCUAGGGCAUUGUACGCGGCUCACCCUGUUUACCCAUGAUGAGUGGACGAGGCUUGCGAAAGAAAUUAAGGACCAUGAUCUCCCUGUUAGUUUCGUUGGGCUGCCCACGAGUGAUCUAUACAUGGCUUCUCCUCCGAGCCGAGGUAGUGCAGAUCAACCGCGAGGGACUUUGCCUGUAGUGGACAUGAUUGACAAGCAUAAGUUGGACGCUGUGAUCGGAAUCAACAAUGUUGGCAACGCGUUCACGCCAUGGGGCUCCGAGGACCCGCUGUCGUUGGCAUGCUUGGGGGUGGGGAUCUAUCAAGCUGGAACCCAGGCGCAUGCUGAACUUUUGUAUGAAUGUGUCUCAACACGCGCUCGUGCAGCAAUCGGGCUGUCAUCACAUGACACCGGUCUUGAGUUGAAAUGUGCCAGCUGUGCGGAUAUCCUGCUGUUCCACGAAGUCGAUGAAACAGGCUGCGGGGCAAUGAGGCCUCGGCAUGGUAUCGCAGGCAUUGUUUGGGACCCCCCUGCGAAGAUGAGCAGGCGUGUGAUAUCGAGUGGUCGGUUGAAUGUUUCUUUGCCUUGCUUCUAA